AUGUACUUGUAUUUGGGUAGCCACCCGAGGACUCUAAUUCUCAUUACCAGCCCUUCUGAAGAACGGGAUGGAAAGCCUAGAAAAGCUCUCGUAUUUCGUGCCGGUGUUAACAGCACACAAGCUGUUGUUGAAUUCUUACCAAAAGAUGAAGUCGAUUUGUUGAAUGUUGUCAGACUGACCCAGAGGGGAGUGAAGGGCUGUCUUGGGAUGAUUUCUGUAGAGAAUGAAUUAUUCCUCGCGGUUGUCACAAGCGCGGCCGAGGUAGGAAACACUCGGCCCUCGGAAACAGCUCCAGAGGCUGUUGCUCGAAUACACGAAGUCGCAUUCUACAGUCUUACGUCGUCACUUUGGGAUGAUAUUGACGCGGUGUCAAAUGUUGACUCCCCAGAUCGAGACUACAACAAUCCUCAAGCUUACGAACAUCCAUGCGCUCCUCUGAGCAAAAUUAUAUCUUCGGGAACAUUUUACUAUGCUCUUGACUCUUCUUGGGAUCUUUCAUCAAGGCUGACACGGCGCCUGGCGCGAGAUCCCAAAAUUUCCAAUGAUAUCGGGACCUUUGAUGAAAGAUUCGUGUGGAAUGAAUACAUCGCGCGCAGUCUGCUUGAUUUCAGGGAACGCCUAGACCCUCUUGAACGUGACGAUUUCGAUCGGUGCCAGUUCAUCAUAUUGACAAUCCAAGGUUAUGUGGGCGUUUUCUCAAUGGCGCUUCCUGCACCUCCGACCAAUGGAUCUCCUACCAUCGCCACCCUUUCAUUGAUUUCCCGCCUUGGAUGGAAACGUGCAGGAACAAGGUUCAAUACGCGAGGUGUAGACGACGACGGAAAUUGCGCCAAUUUUGUUGAAACAGAAACAUUAUUUGGUACUGACCAGCAUUGUACAAGCUACGUGCAGGCCCGUGGCAGCGUACCCGUAUUCUGGGAACAACAAGGACUCCAGACGUUCGGACAACGCAUACAGAUUACCCGACCUCAUGCCUCUCAGCCUGCCUUUGAGCGACAUUUUGUUCACUUGACAGAAGAGUAUGGUCCUACCCAUGCUAUAAAUUUACUCGGCACCAAAGAAAACGAAGCCAUCUUAAGCAGUGCGUACGAUCGGCAUCUCCGCAUUGCUCAUGCAGGACUAGGGGAUGAAUUGAGUAUCACUCAUUUCGACUUCCAUUCUCAAGUCAGGAUUGGGGGACAUGACAGCGUCAUGCGAGAACUCAGACGCAUGGAGGCUAUCACUGACCAUGUAGAUUCAUUUGGGUUUACGAUGUGCGACACGACUUCCCAUGAUCUCAUUACAAACCAGCGGGGCAUAUUUAGGACUAACUGUUUAGACUGCCUCGACCGGACCAAUUUUGUGCAAGACAUAUUAUCUCGAACUACCCUAGAACAAUAUCUCUUACUCGUCCGUCGAGAAUGGAUACAUUCAAAUACUCUUUGGCUACAUCAUAGGGAACUGUGGGCAGAAAAUGGGGACGCUUUAUCCAAGAUAUACGCAGGAACAGGUGCUUUGAACACCAGUUAUACACGAAGUGUAUUCUCAGAUGCUACCAAAAGCGUUUCCCGGGCAUACAUCAACAAUUUUCAAGACAAGGCGAAGCAGACUGCGAUUGAUAUGUUUUUAGGCAAUAUGAAUUCUCAAAGACAAGUCACUAUCUUCGACCCUAUCCAUGACUCCGUUCGAGCUGCGCUGGACAAACGACUGCCCGAAUAUUCACACAAUAAGCGAUGCGUCAUUUUCGUAGGCACCUGGAAUCUGAACGGUCGGGCGCCAUCGGAAUCUCUGAUACCUUGGUUAUUCCCGCGAGAUUGUGAUCCGGAUAUGUUUGUGCUCGGAUUUCAGGAGAUCGUUCCCCUUACAGCUCAACAAAUAGUCCAAGCAGACCCAGAGAAGCGACGGAUAUGGGAGGGGAAAAUCCUUGAAACCCUGGACCGACGUCAUCAAAAGAAGUCGGACUAUGUGUUGCUUCGCAGUGAACAGUUGGUCGGCACUGCUCUUAUGGUUUUUGUAAAAUCUGAGCUCACUGCAGUCAUUCGUAAUGUCGAAGCCACAACGCGGAAGACUGGCCUCAGAGGAAUGUCCGGAAAUAAAGGUGCUGCGGGCAUUCGUCUGCAAUAUCACGACACAACUUUCUGUUUCAUAACUGCACAUCUGGCUGCUGGUCAUGCAAACGUCGAAGAAAGAAACAUGGACUAUCGUACGAUAGAAACCGGACUGCACUUCCUCAAGGGAAAGACAAUCUCUAGCCAUGAAAAUGUGAUAUGGCUUGCAGACACGAACUAUCGAAUCGAUCUUGAGAAUGAGGCUGUGAGGUCUUUGGCCGAAUCCAAUUCAUUCGACACUUUAUUCGCUGCUGAUCAGCUCAAGCAAGCUAUGGACGCCGGUAUCGCGUUCUCGGGAUACGAAGAAGGCCCUUUGCUCUUUAGACCGAGCUACCGGUACGACCUAGGCACAGACAACUAUGAUUCAAGCGAAAAAAUGAGAAUACCUGCUUGGACGGAUCGUAUAUUGUACCGUGGACAUCAACUUGAUCUUUCUGCGUACUCGAGAGCCGAGCUCAAAGGCUCGGAUCAUAAACCCGUCUUCGCUGUCUUCCGACCCAGCAUUCGCAUCAUCGACCCAGUCAAACGAGCUGCGCUGUCUCGCCUACUAUUAGAUAGUGUUCUCCAUACUGAACCGGGGGAAAAGCUGGAUGAUAAACUUGCAUCGAUGGUGCUACCAGAGGACUUCCAUUCGAAUGAACUGCCACCUCCAAGUAGUGAUGAACAGACAUGGUGGGACACGCCAGAUUUGCCGGAUGGUGUUCUACCUAUCCUCUCCUUCAACUCUCAUUUAUAUCGCCACUCAAAAAACCCCUUCGACGAGGACGGUUCUGUUGAUUCUCCUUUAUCUUCUUCGCCUUCUUCUUCGGAUGAAGAGCUUUACUCUGCGGCAAUAAUGACCCCAGACCGUCCUACCCCUGUGACUCGCAAGCACCCUUCUCCACCACCCAUUUUUUAGAUUGGUUAUAUACAGUACCGUUGGCCGAUUUCGUUCUUCCUAAGGACAUGGUCAUAUAACAUCAGACCCACAAACCUUGCAGUCAUGGGUGUGAGCCCCUAAGUUCUGUCUAUAAUAAUGGUCGAAAACGUGCAUUUCUUCGAGCAAGAAAGAUACAAUGUGGGAGGACAAUGAUACAGAAAUAUGCAUCAGAUAAUUCCCUGCUUUUUGAGAUCUUCGUAAGUCUUCCUGUUAUAGACGUUACCUUCAUCAUCUUCCAAUUCCUCCAUAGUUUCCUGUUCGAACACUUCAUGCUUCCCUUCCUGUUUAAGUUUUUCAGCAACUAGUAAAAUUAAUGAGUAAGUGAA